GGGUGAUAUGCCGAUAUUGUUGAUCGUCAAUCACGCAAAGGCUUGUUAUAUCCUGGAAGCGAUUUGCAUUCGAUCCCUUCAACAACUCUAAUCGAGUGGAAGCAAAUAACGCUUUAAAGAAAGCGUGCUACGCGCCUCAAGCCAUUACGACUGUUGUUUCCUUUCCAUUGCAGGCAUAACAUCUCCAAUAAUUUUAAAGCGUUAUUUGAUAAUGGAUAUCGAAACAAUCAUUGGUUUGUUUGUGGCUGGCGUAUGCAUCAGAAGCUACUCGGGUUUCGUAGAAGUUUUGUCAUUGCACUACACAGGAACGCUGCGAAUGAAAAUUUUGGAUUCAAAUAAGUCCAAACUGGGUUGUUUUGGUUAAUUGAUUUUAAACGAGUUCAAAUCGUUGAAAUCAGUCUAUAGUAUUUCAGUGUUUGGUAGUGAUCCAAAUAUAUGAUUGGAGGAGUACAAGACAUGAGGACGUUUGGAGUUUUCUGACACUAACCUUCUUCAUUAAAGCCUCCUCUUCCGUUAUUGACUCGUUUAAAUUAUGAAGUCAUUGUAUUUCUUAAUAAUCAGUGUAAUUUUCUUUUGUGGCCAGAGAAUAUAAAGAAUGGAAGAAAAUAGAGGGAAGACUCCUCCCAGCCAUGGCGGUGGUAUAUCUCGAAAGAUUAGAGAAUUUUCAAUCGAGAGUUGUCUUGUCUAGCCAUGUGAAUAAUGAUUUCAAUUAUUCGGCAAGAGGUGGACGAAAAAGAAAACGGUACUUGAUCUCUGGCAUCAAGGAUUGGAAUUACGCGAUGUGUGGAAUUAAAAUUCGCAAGGGAACAAUACUACAAGCACGUCCACAGUUGCAACCAGAACCUUCUACAGAAGAGAUGAUUAAUACAGACGACAAGAUAGAUCCUCCACCACCUCCACCUCCGGAGAGGAAGUUAGGAGAGUUGACAUCUCCAUGCUUAGAUUCACAACCACUGUGCAUUAUAAUCACAAUCACCAACCCAGUGGAGCUGAAGUCGAAUCUGCUUCACCAUUUACCAAAGUUCAAGGGACAUCUUGGUGAAGAUCCGAAGCGUCAUCUUCAAGUAUUUCAGCACAAGAUGACAAGUCUUAGGCAAGGAACCGAAGACAGAGAUAUGGCUAUGCUACAAGUCUUUCCGUUUUCACUAAUAGAUUUAGCAGAAGAAUGGUUGUAUUACCUUCCUCCGGGGAGUAUUACAACAUGGACUGAGAUGAAAAAGCUAUUUCUAUAGAAGUAUUUUCCUGCUUCUAAGGCGACCUCCGUCCGUAAAGAGAUUAGUAGCAUUUUACAAAUUACUGGGGAGUCUCUUCACGAAUAUUGGGAGAGAUACAAGAGGUCGGUGGAUAGUUUCCCACACCAUGGUAUAUCUCCAAUACUCAUCAUUCAAUACUUCUAUGAAGGAUUACUUCCAGAGCAGAGGAAUUUGAUUGAUGCAGCCGUUGAUGGUUCACUUACUGAGAAGACAAUCUCGCAGGCAACCAGUUUGAUUGAGAGUAUGGCUGCCAAUGCUCAACAAUUCUAAACCAGAAACAACUCUAAUGUCAGAAGAGUUAGCGAGAUAGGAGAAUCUGCACAAUCAUAGCAACGGAUGAACAACAUAGAGAAGGUAGUACAACGAAUGGCAGCAGUAAUCAUUCCUAGUUACGAAGAAGAGUCUGAACAGGUGAAUGUUGUGUUCCCUAAUCAGAGACCAAGGUAUGAUCUCUAUUAUAAUACUUAUAAUCCAGGUUGGAAGGAACACCCAAAUUUCAGCUAUGCAAAUCAGCAAGCUGCAACUCCUAAUCCUUAUGGGCGACAGAGUGGUUUUCAACAACCACAGUUCCGACCACAACCUCCACCUCAGCCUCAACAACAGACUCAAAAUUCUAGUUUAGAGGAAAUGAUGAAGAUUAUGAUGAAGAAGCAAGAUACAAAUGCUCAAGAACAGAAAGCAAACUCUAAGCGUCAAGAUGCAAUUCUGCAGAAACAAGAUAUGGCUAUCGAAGAACUGCAACUUCAAAUGGGACAAUUAUUUACAGAAAUGAAUCAACUGAAAGCACAUAAUUCGAAAAAGUUGGCAUCAAAAACGUUUGUGAAUCCUAGAGAUAAUGUCAAUGCAGUGUUUUUGAGGAGUGGGAAGCAAACAGAAGAGCCAAAACGACAAGAAAAGGUUAGUCCCGACAUAGAAAAAGAAGUAGAGGUGGAAACCGUUCCAAAGGAAAAGCCAACCUCAACUGGCCAACCUAGGGACACAAUUCCUACUUUUAACACACCACCUCAUUUUCUAGUCGUUUUGCCAAGUCAAAGAAGCAAGCUCUAGACAAGGAGAUUAUGGAUAUUUUCAGCAAGGUGCAUAUCAACAUACCAUUUAUUGAGGCCAUCAGAACGGUACCCAAGUAUGCCAAGGUUCUGAAGGAUUUGUGCACAAGGAAGGAGAGGUUGAUUGCUAACGAGAUCACUUAGGUGGGAGAAAGUGCUUCAGCUAUGUUGCUAAAGGAGAUGCCUGCAAAGUGUAAAGAUCCUGGUGGUUUUACAGUGCCAAUUACUAUUGGUGACAAACGGUUCGAGCGUGCUUUGCUUGAUUUGGGAGCUUUCAUAAGCGUGAUGUCAUACAAUGUUUAUGAUUAUUUGAAUCUGGGACCUUUAAAGGAGACAGGGAUUAUCUUUCAGUUAGCUAAUAAGUCUAACAUAUAUCCUAAGGGACUCGUGGAAGACGUGUUGGUGCAAGUGAAUGAACUAAUCUUUACAGUUGAUUUCUUUGUUGUGGAUAUGCAGAAUGGAGACAAUUGUUCGUCUACUUCAUUACUUCUUGGGAAACCAUUUAUGAAGACUGCUAAGACGAAGAUUGAUUGUGACACUGGGACACUCCUUAUGGAGUUUGAAAAAGAGGUUAUGCGCUUCAAUAUUUUUGAAGCUAUGCGUU